UUAGAGAGAGAAAAUAGAGACACUGAUAGUGGUGUGUGCAUAUAUACAUAUACAUACACACAGCGGCUCAUAAGAAUGUCAGUUUCAGUGUAGUUGUGCUCCCAAUACACUCAUUCCACUGCAAUUUCUCGUCCUCAUUCAUCAAACGCAACAGAAUGGGAAAGAAUAAGAACAAGAACAACAAUAACAACAACAACAACAACAACAACAAUGAAGAACAACAGAAAUCUGAAAACAGCAACGUCAACGGAGCAGAAGAAAAGUCAAACGAGCAAAAAUCUGAAAAAAAUAACAAGCAAAAUGCAGGAGCAAUUGUGUUGGGAAUUUACCUUCAUUGUCAAGGGUGUGUUGAAACGGUUGUGAAAUCACUCAGAGGAUUUGAUGGAGUUGAAGAGAUUGAGCCGAAUACAAAGGAUCACCGGGUGACUGUGAAAGGUAAAGGGGCUGACGCUGUUAAGGUUGCGGAGCGUGUCAGGCGAAAAACGGGCAAGCAUGUCGAGAUAAUAUCGCCUGUGCAGAAGAAACAGCAGCCCGAGAAGAAACCUGAGAAGAAACCAGAGGUACCAAAAGUGACAGAAGUGGUGUUGAAGAUGCACCUCCACUGUGAAGGUUGUGCUAAGGAUGUCAAGCAUUGCAUCCACAAGAUGGAAGGUGUACAAACCGUGAAUCCCGAUAUGGAAAAAUCGCUGGUGACGGUAAAGGGGGCUUUCGAUCCGAAAAACCUAGUGGCUUACAUUGGCAAGAGGACUGGAAGGCACGCGGAGAUUGUGAACUCGAAGAACACAAACAAACAAAAGGAUGGUGAACAAAAGGACGGUGAGCAAAAGAAUGAAAAGAAAGAAAAGGACAAGGAUGCCAAAAACGCCCGUUCUGCGUACCCAAAUGUUCCGCCGGGGCUUGUUUACGCGCCACAGCUGUUUAGUGACGAGAAUCCUAACGCGUGCUCGGUUAUGUAGAUAAACAGAUACGAUCUUUUGGGUAACGUUUUCGGGUGCAACAUGUGUUUUUUGGGAAUAUUUUGAGGGAGGCUUAUAUUUGACAUCUUAUUGACUAGUAUAUUGGCAUCAAUAUUUUGGUUUAGGAGUUUGUAUAGGGACAGACUUUAUGAAGUAAAUGAACACAGCUAUUGGUUAUAUUAUAUGAUACUUUUCAAUUC